AUGGUUUGCAACCGGCGUUUUCCUGCUGGGUGGCAUAUUUCGGACCGUGCCGCCACUUCUUUCGACACCAACUGUGUGGAAAUACGAACCGCCAAAGUAUGCGCACCUGGCAGUGCGCAGUGCCCCGGAACAAGCAGCACAAACUACAGGCAACGAAUUGAAACCUGGAGAGGUUUUCGAAGUGCAAGGUGUCAAGGAGGUUGGCAAGUCGACAUUCCUGGAGCUGGCAGAUGGCAAAGGCUGGAUUCUGGCGGCCUCGCCAGUGCUGGGCACGAUUUGCAUUCCACAUGGAGGUUUCACCCUUUGGCGUUUCCAACCUCCGCAGCACCGGCCCUUGGACCUCCGCGCUGCGCCAACGCUGAGCGCCGCGCGCACGGGACAUCGGUUGCUGCCGGGAAUUCGGUUUCGGUGCGUGCGCGAAGUGGCCGAGGGCGGCCAGCGUUUUCUGGAAUUGGACACUGGCGAGGGCUGGGCGUUUGA